AUGUUUCGUCGGAUUGCUCGAAAUACCUCAUUCAUUGCGGCAUGUCAGUCCCGCCACACGACUAUUCUCUCUGUGCGGAAGGGCGACACAGUCGUGCUUAUUGGUGACCGCCAGGUGACCCUCGGCGAGCGUAUUGUGGCAAAGUCCAGUGCCUGCAAGCUGCGAAAAAUCAAUGAUGAUGUUGUGAUUGGCUUUGCUGGUAGCACCGCGGAUGCCAUUGCUUUGAUGGAAAAACUUGAGAACAAAGUUGGCGAGUUUCCGAACCAACUUACCCGUGCCGCGGUGGAGUUGGCGAAGGACUGGCGCACCGAUCGCGCGCUGCGCCGCCUGGAGGCUUCUCUGAUUGUCUGCAGCCGCGAGGAGACUUUGGAGAUUGACGGCCAAGGAAACGUCAUCACGCCAGAGAGCGAUGGAAUCGUGGCGAUUGGAUCAGGGGGCACAUUCGCCAAGGCAGCGGCACGGGCGUUAAUUGACGUUGACGGCUACGAUGCGGAGAAAAUCGCUCGUAAGGCGAUGCGCAUUGCCACGGAGAUUGACGUCUUUAGUAACGAGCACUGGGACGUGGAGAUCCUUGCGCGACGGCCGGCAACUCCCGCGGCUGCAUCCGCAGAAGAGAAGAAAGGCGGCUAG